GCUCGCUUCCUCGCGCCCUCUCUGCCAAGCCCUACAUCAAACAUGCCGUGUUUCCACCACCGAAACAAAGGUGCAGCAGCACCCUUCUCAAUCCAGCCCUUGCUCCCGCAGAUGAAGCUUUUGUGGUGCCUGGAGCUACGCAUCAAAUAGCUUGGGGUCGCUGCCUGAUUUGGUUUCCUUGAUCUUCUUACACUCCGUUUGCUCUCCUUGAGCCUGUACAUUGCUCGAUACCCCAAGACCGUCCACUGCUCAACGGCGCCAUGUACAUUGACACCGCAACGGCAAACAGCCGCUCAGCCCGGCCCCAAAUCAUAAUCUCGCCGUCUUUUCCCCAUGACGGCUCGUCGCCGCUCCUAGAGACUUUCAUAGGCCAGGAUGCAGAGGCCCCUCCCAGCUAUCUCGAGGCUACUACCCCCGGCCUCUACACAAGUCGGCAGAGCGGCGAAGAGGGCGCCAGGCUGCUCUCCUUUGACGGCCGACGAGCCAGAGAUGCCACCUUCAAGGAGGACCAGUAUGCCCGACAGAGCCUGUGGAAGCGCUGCAUCCGGAGCCCAUGGUUCAGAUUGCUCGCAGCCAUGAUUGUCUUCCUGAUGAUAAUCAUCAUGAUGAUCUUGAUGGCGGCCGCUGUAUCCAUUCGAAGAGAUCAGCAAAAGAAGGUGUUGCACAUGCCGUCACACUCAGCAACAGCACAACCUGGCGCUGGCGAUGACGACGACUCCAGUCGGCCAGAUCUUAUUGCCAUCCCAUGGCCAUCGCCCUCGGCAGCAGCGCAGCCCCCAGCGUCGGCAGACUCGGCACAGGCUUUCCCGAUUCGAUGGCCAUCAAAAUGUGGCAAGGAGUACAGCGUCAGGACGGAAUGGUAUGACUUUGGCAAGACGAGCGAUCUCCACAUCCAGGAGGCAAUACAUCAACUGGAUGGCUCCUACAGACGCGUUGCGGGUUGGGUACACAUUGCCCAAGCACCCGCUGAGCAAGCCCCGGGUACUGUCAAGGUCAAGAUGUCGUAUGCGAUUUCAUCCACGGUCAGCGUCAACAGCGUCAAGUACUCGCGUACUCCAACAGGACUGGUUAUUGGUGAUCCCUCGUUCCCAGACGGCUUUGACGGCGUGCGAGCUGGUAAGGCAUGCCUCGGCAUGUCAGUUGUGAUAUAUGUUGCGUCGGGAGCCUCGAUGAAGACACUCAAGAUUGCGUCCAAUCACAUGGGCAUGCAGAUUCACCGCGGCGCCAACUUUACCGUCACAGAUUCCACAUCGAUAUCCCUCACCACGGGCACACUGGAUGCCGUCAGCUUCGACUCGCGACAAACACAUCUGAAGACCAUUUCUGGCUCCAUUAGCGGCAAGUUUGCCCUCCGCGACCUCCUGUCCAUUGUAACAAAGAGCGGCUCCGUCAACAUUGACGUUGAGCCCCGGGAGGCUGCUCCGGGUUCAUCUAAUCCCGCCGUCUUCAUGGUUGAUUCGCUGUCUGGCAGCAUCCGGACCGACUUCAAGCGAAAGCGGAUUCCUGAGCGAGACUAUCAGACUUUUGUCAACACGACCGUCGGCUCCGUCGACGGCAGCUUUAUCCACGGUUCGCGAACAGAGAUGAACUCGGUUGCAGGGCUCAUCACAGCAGACAUCCUCCCAUUCAAGUCGGGUGAUUACCAAUCAGAGAUAUACACGCACACACACUCUGGGCAGACGUCGUUGACGCUUCGCUCGCCGUACAAGGCCAAGAGAGUGCCGAUGAAUGGCCUUGUCAGCACGCACAAGAGUAGCUCGGGAGGGCUGGCCGUGACAUAUCCCCAAGAAUGGACUGGCCACAUCGAUGGGACAUCUCUGAGCGGAGCAUUGCACUUGCAAGGGAAAGAGUUGGAGCUACUGAACGAGAACGAUACCCCCGGAAAGAACCAUGUUGAGGCUAAGAAGGGUAAUGGUGCUAGUACUCUGAGUUUUGAUACGACAAGCGGAGAGUGUGAGAUCAAGAUCGGAAAGGUGUAAGAGAAGGCUCUGGG